AUUAUUUCCAGUGUACCAGUUUUUCCGGCAGCUGUCAACUGCAGGCCUUGUUUUUGUUGUUUUGCUUUAAGUAGAAAUACGGAAAACACACUAUUUGCUAACUUGUCAGCAAAAAGAACUGAAAUUUGAAACCUUAAAAUAUUCAGUUGUAGAAUUAUUUUUCUUUUUUAGAGGUGAAAUCCGGCUGAAGUAGCUUGGCAAAAGUGGAAGUUUAUCAACAUCUAACAUGGAUAACCUGGGUAAUAGUGAGAACGAGGAAUCUAUUCUUUCGCAUAUUACAAAGGAGGAAGACGAUUUAAAUAAGAACUAUUGUGAGUUACCAAUUAAGGUAACUCAAGAACACGAGAUAAAAAUUGAAGACGAUCACUUUGUUGAUGCUGCUACUGAUCCCCCAAUCGAUAAAGAGGAUGAAGAAAUACCCGAAGACAAUGGCUUGAGGUGUGGCGACUGCGGAAAGAUAUACAAGACUGUCCAUACCCUCCGCAAGCAUAGAAGCACCAAACAUGCUGAAUUUUCUUGCAAACCCUGUGGUAAGUUUUUCGGCUCGACGAAAAGCCUUAACAUUCAUAAAAGCAGAUGUACAGGAAAACCGAAACAUGUGUGCGAAAUCUGCGGCAGAGGCAUUACAAAUAUACAAUAUCUUAUGCUACAUAAAAGAGAGCAUUAUAAAUGUGAAACCUGCAAAAGGACUUUCCUCACUGAGGCAGGUUUGGCGAAGCAUACACAUGAUGAAACCAUAACGUGGCCGUAUGUUUGCGAUGUUUGUGGGAAAGGUUUCAGUGCACCAAGCACACUGAAGCGUCAUGGUCUUGUGCAUUCUGCCGAAAAAUCUCACGAGUGCAGUAUAUGCUCUAAACGAUUCGCUGAUAUAUAUUCUAUGCGGUACCACAUGCGCCUGCAUACUGAAGAAGGAAACAUUAAGUGUGAUGUUUGCGGUAAAAGCUUCAGUGCCCGAAGCGAUUUGAAGAGGCAUUAUAACAGGCAUACUGGUCAAAAGCCGCACGCAUGCACCGUAUGUUCUAAGGCGUUUUAUAAAAGUGACAAAUUGAAACAUCACAUGGAAUUCAAUCACACUGAAAAGUUAUGCAUAUGCAAGACUUGUGGCAUGGAAUUCAACACGAAGCAUGAUCUAAAAAUGCAUACAUCAAGUACUCACAACGAAUUUCUGCCAUUGAAAUGUGAAGUCUGUCAAAAGGUGUUUGCAAACAAAGCCCUAUUGAAAGUCCAUCGAAAGAUUCACUCAAGUUAA